CACUCGCAGUGCCAUCUCUACUAUCAGACCAUAAACAGAUGCUGAGCCCUCGGGAAAACAUUAAGUCCGCGUGAUUACAAUAUUCCACUGAUAAACGCGAUGACGUCGAGUGAACGUGUGGCCAAAGUGGUUCUAGUGGACAUCGAGGGUACUACCACAUCGAUCAGUUUCGUGCACGAUGUUCUCUUUCCGUACGCCAAGAACAAUGUGGAGAAGUUUCUAAGGGAUUCCUGGGGAGGAGAUGAUACCAAUCAAAUUGUCCAGGAUCUGCAACAAGUGCCCCAGUUUUCGGAUUACAAAAACACAUUAUGUGAUCUUCCUGAAAACGUGGAUGUAAAACUCAUAACCGGCUUUGUGCGCUACCUAAUCGACAAAGAUCUGAAGGUCACUCCGAUGAAAACGCUCCAGGGAUUAAUUUGGGCUCAGGGUUAUAGUGAUGGACAGCUGAAGGGCCAUGUCUUUGAAGAUGUCCCCGCAGCGUUUCAGGCCUGGUGUGCUGCUGGUCUCCGAAUUGGUGUCUACUCCAGCGGCAGCGUGGCUGCCCAAAAGCUGAUCUUUGGAAAUAGCAUAGCCGGAAACCUGCAACCCUACCUCAGUGCCCAUUUCGACACCCAUGUGGGCCACAAACAGGAACAACGAUCGUAUGAAAAUAUAGCCAAAGCGUUGGCAGAGGAGCCGCAGCAUAUACUCUUUCUCACGGAUAUUCCAGGAGAAGCCGCAGCUGCUCGCUCUGCAGGAUUGAAAGCCAUUAUCCUUCAGCGACCUGGAAACGCCGCCUUGACAGAUGAUCAAAAAAGCAGCUUCGAGGUGAUUACGGACUUUAAACCACUUCAAAACCUAAAACUGCCAGAAAAUAAACCGCUGGCGUAGGUCAAUCCAAAAAAGUA